AUGGCUUCAAAAAUUUGCAAGGGAGAUUAUUCAACUGCUUAAAAUGUUAAAUUAGAAUUUUCUAUUGAUAGAGGUGGUACUUUCACUGAUAUAUACUGUAAUGUCUUACAAAAUGAUACUUAUAAGGAAUCAAUCGUAUAUAAGCUUCUUUCAGAGGACCCUAUUUAUGGAGAUGGUCCAAGAGAGGGAAUUAGAAGGUUGAUAGAAAAUAUCCUCAAUGUAUAAGUGCCCGUGAACACUCCUAUACCUUCAAAGCAUAUCAAAAGUUUAAGGAUGGGUACAACAGUGGCUACUAAUGCUCUGUUAGAGAGAAAGGGUGUAAAGACAGCAUUAAUUGUUACGAAGGGGUUCAAAGAUUUGUUAAAAAUAGGUAAUCAAUCACGUCCGAACAUUUUUGAUUUGACUAACAGUAAGCCAGAAGUACUUUAUGAGGCUGUUUUAGAAGUUGAUGAAAGAGUUCGCAUACUUAAAGAGAGUGAAGAUAGAAGCUAAUUAGAGAAUAUAUGCGAAGGUAUUACUGGUGAGUAUGUAGAAAUUUAAUAAAGAAUCGAUGAAUAGUAAGUAGAAAAAGAUUUAGCAAAAUUGAAAGAAUCAGGUAUUGAAGCUCUCUCUAUUGUUUUUAUGCAUUCCCCUUCCUACAGUAAGCACGAAGAAAUAGUUGGCUAAAUUGCAGAAAAAUUAGGAUUUCCUUAAAUAUCUCUUUCUUCUAAAAUAAUUCCCAUGAUUAAAAUACUUCCAAGAGGUUCUACAGCAACUCUAGACGCAUAUCUAAACCCUUACAUUUUUAGAUAUCUACAAAGCUUUGUCAGCGGAUUCGAUAGCGAUAUAAGUUAGACAUAAAUAUAUUUUAUGCAAUCUGAUGGUGGUUUAUGUGAUAUUUCUAACUUUAGAGGUUCAAGAUCUAUUCUUUCAGGACCUGCAGGAGGUGUUAUAGGAUAUGCAGAGACAUCUAAAUUUUUAUUAAAAAAUAACAAAGAAUUCAAAGGAAUAAUUGGUUUUGAUAUGGGUGGUACAUCAACAGAUGUUUCUAGAUAUGAUGGAAUCAAAUUUGAUCAUAUUUUUGAUGCUUAAAUUGCUGGUGUUAUGAUCUAAACACCUCAUUUAGAUAUCAAUACUGUAGCUGCUGGUGGAGGAUCUCGUCUCUUUUACACUAAUGGUAUUUUCAAAGUAGGACCUGAAUCUGCAGGAGCCACUCCUGGCCCUGUUUGUUAUGGAAGAAACGGGUAUUUGGCAAUUACUGAUGCAAAUCUCAUUCUUGGGAGAAUUCAACCAAAAUAUUUUCCUAAAAUAUUUGGAAAGAACAACGACGAAGAAUUAUUCAAAAAUUUAACGAUACAAAAAUUUGAGGAGUUAACAAAUGUCAUUAAUGAUGAAAUUAGUAGAACAAGUAAUGGAAGAGAAGUCAAAAAAAUGACGAUUUAAGAAGUUGCUUAUGGUUACGUAAAAGUUGCUAAUGAAAGUAUGUGUAGGCCAAUUAGAAACAUUACUUAAGGUAAAGGGUGCAAUCCUAAACAUGAUAUACUUAACAUUUUUGGAGGUGCAGGAGCACAGCAUGCAUGCUCAAUUGCUUCGAAGUUGGGCAUGAGAAAAAUAUUUAUCCAUGAGUAUGCUGGUAUAUUAAGUGCAUAUGGAUUAGAUAAAGCUAAUGUUAUAGAGGAAUCAUCUCUACCUUUGUAGGUGAUUUUGGAUCUAUCAAAUAAUUAAUAGAAAGAGGAUAUCAAGAAAAAGUUAGAUGAGCUUUAAGUUAAAAAUGCCUAAAUUCUCAGCAAGUUAAACUUUGCUUAAGAAAAUAUCCAUCACGAGAGGUAUUUGUCAGUGCGUUAUGAAGGAACAGAUACUUAAAUUUAAAUUCUUGAAACUGGUUGCAACCAGGAUGUUCUUGCUAAAUUUGUUAGUUAACACUAAAAAGAAUUUGGUUUUGUGCUAGACAAAAGAAGAAUUUGCAUAGAUUAAUGCAGAGUCAGAACUAUUGCUAAUAAGAGCUAAGAGCAAGAAGAAGACUCUGAAGAGUUUAGUAGUUUUAUUGAAUAAACUUAAAUUCAAAAAAUAAGUGAGGAAAUGGUUUAUUUUGAAGUUGAAGGUGUUAUUAAAGAAGUUAAAACUCCUGUUUACUAAAUGGAAACUCUUGAACCUUCAAGCAGAAUUUAAGGUCCUUCUGUUAUAUUAAAUAAUACAAGCACAAUUAUUAUCGAACCUGGAUGGACUUCUCUUGUAACUAAAAAAAGAAAUUUGUUACUAUCAGAAAAUAAAUUGUAACAGGAAAGUGUAAAUUAUUUCUAGCAGGAGGUCAAAUGUGAUCCCAUUGAAUUAUCUAUCUUCAGUAAUAGAUUCAUGAGUAUUGCAGAGUAAAUGGGUAGAACUCUGUAAAGGACUGCAGUGAGCACAAACAUUAAAGAGAGACUUGAUUUUUCAUGUGCAAUAUUUGCUCCAGAUGGAAGUUUGGUAGCAAAUGCACCUCAUUUACCAGUGCACUUAGGUUCUAUGAGCGAAGCUAUAAAAUAUCAAAUUAGAACACUUGGAUCUUCUUGGAAAGAAGACGAAGUUAUCCUGUCAAACCAUCCAGCUGCUGGUGGAAGUCAUUUACCAGAUAUCACAAUAAUCACCCCAGUAUUCGAUGUUGUUGACUAAGUAACACAAGAAAAAAAACCUAUUUUUUACAUAGCUUCUAGAGGCCAUCAUGCUGAUGUAGGAGGGCUCACUCCUGGAUCAAUGCCUCCUUUCUCUCGUAGUAUUUUAGAUGAAGGUAUAGCUAUAAAAUCGCUAAAAAUAGUCAGAGAUGGUAUCUUACAAGAAUAAGAAAUAAUUGAUAUAUUUACAAAUCCAGGUCCAAACCAAAGAGGUACAAGAGCUCUUAAUGAUAAUAUAUCAGAUAUUAAAGCUCAAGUUAGUGCAAACAACAGAGGUGUAGAAUUGAUCAAAUAGCUAAUUUAAGAAUAUUCACUUCAUUAUGUACAAGCAUACAUGCACUUCAUUCAAGACAAUGCUGAAGAAUCAGUAAGGAGAAUGCUUGUUGACCUAUCAAUUAAAAAUAAAAUGGCUGAAGUGGAUACUGUUUCAGAAAUAGAGUACAUGGAUGAUGGUACUCCUAUCUGCCUUAAAUUAACUAUCGAUAGAACAAAUAGAAAGGCUCACCUCGAUUUUGAUGGAACAGGAUUUUAAGUCCUAAGCAAUAUUAAUGCUCCAUAUGCAGUGACUACUUCUGCAAUAAUUUAUUGUUUGAGAUGUUUGGUGAAUUCAGAAAUCCCGUUAAAUGAAGGGUGCUUAAAACCAAUCACAUUCAACAUUCCUAAAAACUCUUUAUUAUGCCCGAGCGAAAAUUCUCCAAUAGUAGGUGGAAAUGUACUUACAUCGCAAAGAAUUACUGACCUUAUUUUGAAAGCAUUCAAAGCAUGUGCAGCUAGUUAUGGAUGUAUGAACAACCUUACAUUUGGCAAUGACACUAUGAGUUAUUACGAAACUAUCUGUGGAGGAGCCGGUGCAGGACCAUCUUGGAACGGAUAAAACUCUGUUUAGUGCCAUAUGACAAAUACAAGGAUUACAGAUCCAGAAAUUCUGGAAAGGAGAUAUCCUGUUAUUUUAAGAAAAUUUGAAAUCAGAUAAGGUAGUGGUGGAUAGGGCUAAUAUAAAGGCGGUGAUGGAGUAAUUAGAGAAUUUUAAUUCUUAUAACCUUUAAAAGUAAGCAUUUUGAGUGAAAGAAGAGUUUUUGCUCCUUUUGGUUUGAAUGGAGGAGAAAAUGGUGCUAAGGGUUUAAAUUUGCUUGUACAAGGAGAUUUAAUUACUAAUCUAGGUGCUAAAAAUACAGUGGAUGUAUAAAAAAAUGAUAUUAUUAUUAUUCACACUCCAGGUGGAGGUGGUUAUGGAGAUAAAAACAAAAAGCAAGAGUAAUUAGAUGAAAAAAAUAAUACAAAUACAUAUGUAAAUUUAGGAAGCGAAUCUACUUUCAAAAGAAAGCAAGAAACAUGCUGA